GUCCAUUCAGUCGAAUCAAGCUGCACGCAAAGGUCUGUGCGUUAACGUUCGCCUCUUAGCGGUAUCAGUCUGCAAUCCACAGACAGACAUGCACACAAUAUCGAUACCAAAAAGGAGUCAAGAGACACGUGCACUUUUCUCUUACAAUAUCGCGUGCAUCGAUCAGUUUGGGAUCCCACUCCAGCAGUUGAUUGACAGCUGCAAGCUUGCCAAGGAGUGCAGCCUCGUGCAUUGCGGUCCGACCAAGCUGUUGCAUUGUAUCACAACCAACACAUCUCUUCAUUUCAGUAGCAGGACAGAGGAUGGUUCCUUUGUGUUGGCACCUUGUCUGUUUGCUUCAGAAUCGACGGCCCAUACGCGUCGUACAUGACUUGCAUGGCACCGACCUCAUCAAGCGCUGCAAGAAAGGGUGUGUUCUACGCGCAGCCAACAAAAUGAAAGUGACGAGACAAUCCCUCCUUUCUUUCGUCUGCUCACCCCGCUGUCGUUUCGUUUGUCCAGUAUUGCUACACCGUGAGUUUUGAUCAUUUGGGUGACAGACGCACACUCGCCCUUUUCCGCGGCCUUGAACAAGGCCUCAACAACCUCAUACUCGUCAGCCUGUCGAGGACAGUCAUGAACAUGCGCACCACUCAAAAGGGCCAACCACGCGUCCCACACCCCACCAUCUCUUGCUGGGGCUGAUGCCAAUGCGCGGCGACGGAAGCGCUUGAAAGGCGACGCAGGG